AUCUCCUGCAUCUGCCUCACAAGCAUCAACACAACCAUAUAAGGAAACACACUGAGGAUGGUAUUAAGGAGUGAAAGCAAGAAGGGAGGAAAUAUUAAUAAAAAUACUAUACAAUUUUUAUCCCUAUGCUCAAAGGCCAUAAAAGUGAUUUUGAUAACUGGGUACACCCAUAUUUGUGUGUGUAGCAUGGAAUGUUCUAACUUUGCUUUAUACAUUGUGGUAUGGGGUAUAUUAAUGUUGCGUCCCUAAAGUGUGUCAGUAGUGGAGGUGGUGCAGUGUGAGCUGUCACGACCCACGUCAGGGUCACUGCUGCCAUGGCCCACAUCAGGAUCACUGCUGUCUUCUGGCUGGUGAUGUGGGUGUGUGUGGCAGGUGGUUCAGUCCUGCCAGUGGUGAGAAGGAAGGUGAUGUCAGCUCCAGAGAUCCCCCAGCUGGUUCCAGGUGAUUUACUUCCCAAAGUGACAACAGGAAGACAACUCAUCAGUGAAAAGAAUGUUGAUCAACUCACCAGUGACAAGAUCACUGGCAAAUUACAUGAGGAAUAUCAGGUGUUAUCACCGGGAAGGAUACAACCAAAGGCUGGGAACACAGGACAAAUCCUUGCAUCAACUCAAGAGACUACACAUAUAAAAAAAUUAGCAAAUUCAGAUUCCCUGUAUAAUAAUGUGCCCAGAAAUCUCCAAAUGGAACUGAAGCGAUUCAAACGUCAAAUUACAGAAGAAGACGAGGAUUUGGCCAAUGAGGAAUCACUGUUAGAAACCAAAACUUUGAGUAACAAAAGAGAAAAGCGAUCAAAAAAUCUAGGUUAUGGACAAAGUAUUGAUGGUAACCAACAAAAUAGAGGGAAGCCAGGGAAUUACAGGAACAUAAAUAAUGAUGAUGAUGAUGAUGAUGAUGAUGAUGAUGAUGAUGAUGAUGAAACUCAAACAUACCAGCCAAACUAUGAUACAGUGGGGCAGGAUGAAGUGCCAAGGGGCUCAUCUGCCUCUUCAGAAAUGGAAGCACGAAAGCCUCAAAGAUCAUUGGGAAAGUGGAAAAAAUUGAUUGCCUUAUCACGUGACCGGCUAUGCUUUCCAAAACUUCAACCAAAAAGGAACCAAAAAUCAGGGAUGAAAUUUUACCCGAAAACUAGAACUGAAUCAAGAAGUAAACACAACAAGAGCCUGGAGAAAAGGGAUUUUAAUGAUAAUGAGCUACCAAGUGAUCCAGAAAUUUUAUAUCAAACAGAUGAGUCUCAAACUAGAAGUGCUCCAAUUCUCUCUUCUAUAAUACGACAACUUCAGGGAAAGAUUAAAACACAGGAAAAGCGAGCAAUAAGUCUAGGUCUUGGCCCAUGUAUUGAAGAGAGCAGUAACCAACAGAAUAAAUCACAAAGAAACAGUCACAAACAAAAUCCCACUGCCUCACUGGAAACCCAACCAGACAAUCCAAACUAUAGAAAUGCACAGCAGCAUGCAAAGCCAAGAGGUCCUUCAUAUGUUCCUUCAAUUAAGGAAUUAAAAAAGGCUCGAGCAAUGUUGGUAAAGCCAAAACCUCAAUUAAAAGUUUCUCAGAAUGGUAAAACAAUUUGGAAAAGGGGGAAAAAAAUGGGCUAUGUAUCAACCAGUCAAACAAAGAAUUUACGAAGACCACUAAGCAGCAGUCAAGAAUCACGGGAAAUGUGGAACUAAGGGGGCAGUGAUACACAGAACACUUAGUCUCUCAGUAUCAAUCAAAAAUCUGAUGAAAACCACAGAAAAGGGAAAAUCAACGAAGUGUUGACUUGCGAAGUGGUCUGGCUGUCUCCUCAAAAACACAACCAAGUACUUAAGAAUUAGAGAAAAAUGGAACUUGUGGUAGCACAAAAAGCAUCCAGUUUGUUUCCUUGGUAACAUUGCCAAACACUGCCCAAAAUAACAUAGAUAAAUGACAUUUAUUGUGGUAACUCACCACAUGGUUCAGCAGUCUUAUAAAAAAAAAGAGCGUAGAAAAGGCGACACUAGUACUGCAGAUCUAUUGAGAAUCAAAAUCAAAUGCAACGAUUUGUUAAAAGUACAAUUAACAAGGAUGGUGCGUUGUAUGACCCAUUGCUACCUUCUCACUCAAUUGAACAUGAAACAUGUGGAAGUAUUUUAACCCUUAAAUGGUCCAAACGUAUAUAUACGUUUUUUCAACAUCUGAGAGUAUGUAAAAAAUUGUAGAUCUUCUUUUUUGUUUUACAUUUGAAAAUGUGUAAAAAAACUUUUAUCUACAUUUUUUUUGUUAUAUUUGAAAAUAUGUAAAAAAAAGUAGAUCUACUUUUGUAGCACUACGAAUUUGAACGUCGAUCUCUUUGGACCGUUUAAGGGUUAAUAUAGAAUAUAUGAGAAACCUACAACUUCAUGAGGUAGCAAAUCUCUAAAACAAUACAUUUAAAAGUAGAAAUUAUUAUUAUAUUAUUAGGGAGUGCUAAACUCUUAUUAUUAUUAUUAUAAUAGAAGCGCUAAACCAUUAAACUCAUAGGGGGCCAUACAAUGCGGGGGAACAUGGGAGGCAAUCAAGUUAAAAUUCGAAGAGGAGAACAGAGCAGAUUCCUUGGAUCAAGAUCCCCCCACCAACAUUAAGAAACUUCCUGAGCAGGAUGCAAGGUAGGAAAAUAAUGGAACCUGGAUAAAAGUAUUGAUCAAGCAAGGAGUUGUCAAAUUAUUUUUAUAAAAUAUUAUUAUAUUAAAAAUAAAUGGCAACCUUGUGUAUGUCAGUGUUGCCACGUAGUACACAGGAUAUCAUAACGAUAUUAAUACUGCACUUGCAAAUCGUCCAAAGACCACAGUCCAUAGUGUCUGGGGAAUGAGAGGUAAUCAGGUUUGAUCUAAGGCAAGUAAGCUCCAAUUCCUUGGAUCAAAAUUAGUAAAGUGAUUAAUUUCACUGCCUCUGAUACAUGGCAAAGCAACCAGCAAAAAGAAUAAAAUUUAAGCAGAGGUCAUGCACCAAAUACUAUAAAUCCCCAGAUAUUAACACAGACAAAAAUGGCAAAAAAUAAACAAAGUGUAAACAUCUAAUAAUGUUCAUAAUACAAAAGAAAUGAUUAUCUUGUUAUUAAAGCUUCAGUAGUGGCAUAAGUCAGAAGUGACAAAACCAGCACUGCUAAAUAAUGUUUACCUUUCUUUACUGAACAAAUCAUCGAAUGAUUAUUUUCAAAUGAUUAUUUCCAUGUACCACAUAUACACGGGUCAAAUUAAACCAUUGCAUUGAUUGUAACAUUGUAAAUCUGGCAAUUUUCUACACAAAGAAUCUAAUGCCAAUACAUUAAAGUCCUCAAUGUACAAACACAUUGAGGACCUCCUGAAUUGUGUAUAAUAUUCAUAAUACAGGAAGUCUUCAACUUACAAAUAUGUUGAGGACUUUCUGUAUUUUGCAUAAUAAUGAUAUAAUAAUAUUAUACACAAUAAUGAUAUAAUAAUCAUAUAUACAGUACAGAAGAUUCUUAAUGUGUCCACAAGUAGUGGACUUACUGUAUUCUCUGUAGUUUAGUUACGAAUGUGUUUAGUAACAAACUGCACCUAAAAUAUAUAAUAUAUAUAAUUUUAAUGACAUAUAUUUGGAUGUGCAAUAUGUUCAGGACAAUGUUGAUGAUGGUAUAUAACAGUUAAGGAUUUUCAGCUGUUAUAAAUAUAUAUGACUGUACUGUAUGUAUAUGACAAAGAAAUUAAAGCAUGAUUGAUAUUAAUCCAAAAUAGUUUUGCUUUUGGAACAAUGUUUACACUAAAAGAAAAUGUUUUCUCCUUAUGAACAACUAAAUCUGAUACUUGUUCAACACAUGAUGAAUACUUGCACAUAUGCAGUCACAAAGGUAACUACACAAUGGAAGAUAUGUACAGUGCAUAUAUAUUGGGUAGCUGUGUUACAAAAUAUAGAGUAGAACUACCACAUUAUUAUAUCAAAAAAUGUACACUAAACUUGUAUGGGUCAUAUGGAUAUAAAUUUGUUAGAAAACAUUCAGCAUAGAAUGGCUAAAUUAAUACAUAGCAUUAGAAAUCUUCAUUAUGAAGAAAGAUUGGAGACCCUUAAACUACAUUCACUUGUAAGACGAAGAAUGACGGGAGACAUGAUUGAAGUGUGUAAGUGGAAGAUGGGUAUUAACAAAGGAGAUAUAAAUAACGUUUUGAGGAUAUCCCUCCAAGAGAGAGAACCUGCAAUAAUGGAUUCAAAUUAAGUAAGCUUAGAUUUCAAAAGGAUAUAGAAAAGUACUGGCUUGGUAAUAGGGUAGUUGAUGAGUGGAACGGUCUGCCUAGUAGGGUUAUCGAAGCUAAAAUUUUGGGUAGUUUCAAAUUUAGGUUGGAUAAAUACACGAGUGAGAGGGGUUAGAUCUGAGUGGGACUUGCACGCGAGUAAAUAGAAUUAUCAAAGUUUAUUGCUUGGGGAGUGUUUAUUCUGUUAGUGGGUUGGAUUUGUGAAGGACCUGCCUAGUAUGGGCCAACAGGCCUAUUGCAGUGUUUUCCUUUAUGUUCUUAUGUGCUAAUAAGAUAUAUCACAAGCACCCAGUUGUAACAGGUUUGACUGGGAAAAAGAGGGAUGCUAAAAUUCCUUGAAUCAAUAUGGUAAGAAGACACUAUAUGCAGAGCAACCUAAUGUAAAACAAUGUUCCACUUGUUAAUAGGUAUUUUUAAUUCAACGACAGACUUUCUCCUCAUUUGAUUAGUUUUGUUUCUUCACUUGAUCCAUCUUCAAUGAAUUGGAUGCUAUGUCUAAAACCUUCAUACUAAACCAUAAGUCUAAUUUGAAGUGUCAUGAUGCUACUAAAUACAAAAAUUCAGAUAAUACUGUACUACAUUAAUAAAGUAUGUAAUUCUUAAA